ACUGUGUGCCUGAGCUGAGGAAGGGUGCGUGUCCCCAGUGUCCGCUCCGGUCGCCCGGUUAGGAAUGCGCCUCACAAAGCCGGUGUGUGGUGAAAUAUCUGUUGAAACGCCAGCGGGGACUGUGGUCUGAGAAGAGGCAUGGUUUUGCAUCGCUUAUUCCAUUACAAUCUUAGCGUGCAAGUUUGAUUCAUUGAGCUAGCUGGCGUUAGCUCGCUUCGUUGAUUCAUAUCAAGCUAGGUCGCUAGCUUUAGCCUGUAGCACACCUGCUAGCUGGCUAGCUAGCUGGUAAGCUAGUUUCAGAGUGCUGCUGCCAAGCCAGUCGAAGAGAACCAGACUGACUGCUGAAUCAAGGCGAGAUUUCGGAAGGAGGAGGUGGUGGCAGGCGGGAAGCCGGGAGAACGCGACGGAGUGGAAGUGAGUCAGGAGCAGCUGAUGAGUUCAGAUCAGAGCGGAGAGCCGCCGCAGCUGCUGGAGGAGGCUGAUCCCGGACCAACGACUGGUGGGAAGGACGAGGCUCCGCUGGGGAGCGAGGGAGGGUCAGGCGGCAUGGUCACCUCUAAGGGUGCCGGUUUGAACCCAAAUGCCAAGGUGUGGCAGGAGAUGCCUGUGGCCCCCAGCGAAGCUGUUACCAACAGCCCUCAUUGGCCCCCCUCAGACAUCAGUGAGGGUUAUUCUGAGCCCUCGUCUGCUGGGGGUAAGCAGUACACGGUGGGAUUCACGGCCCUGGAUGACAGCAGCUCCACAGCAACAGCUGAGAUAGCAGUAAAUGGAAUGGACCCUCCAGAGUUGGGCUUUUCCCCCGCUGAGUCCACCACAGGGACCUCAGUGGAUUCCAAAACUGCAGAGCGAUCUAAAAUCUCCUCCGAGAAUCUCCGAGAGUCUCUGAAGAAGGAGCUCGAGUUUUAUUUCUCCAGAGAGAACCUCUCAAAGGAUUUGUACCUGAUGUCCCAGAUGGACAGUGACCAGUUUGUCCCCAUUUGGACUAUAGCCAGCAUGGAGGGCAUCAAGGUCCUCACCACUGACAUGGACCUCAUCUUGGAUGUGUUGAGAUCCUCUCCUAUGGUACAAGUGGACGAGAAAGGAGAGAAAGUGCGUCCUAAUCACAAGCGGUGCAUUAUCAUCCUGAGGGAGGUCCCUGAAACCACACCCGUUGAGGAAGUAGAGGCACUGUUCAAAAACGACAACUGUCCAAAGGUGAUAAGUGUCGAGUUCGCACACAACAACAACUGGUACAUCACAUUCCAAUCAGACACUGAUGCUCAACAGGCAUACAAGUAUUUGAGAGAGGAAGUGAAAACAUUUCAGGGAAAACCCAUCAUGGCUAGGAUAAAGGCCAUCAACACAUUCUUUGCAAAGAAUGGCUACCGUAGCGUGGACAACAGUCUGUACGCUCCGCAGUCCCAGAGCCAGUCCCAGUACAGCUCCCCGCUCUACAUGCAGCACGUCUACCCCCAGCAGCAGUACCCAGUCUACGGCAUCGUACCGCCCACCUGGACGCCUUCGCCCACACCGUAUUUUGAAACUCCUCUGGCUCCGUUUCCCAACAGUAGCUUUGUGAAUGGAUUCGGCUCUGCUGGACACUACAAAACUGCCUCCAGUUCUCUAAAUAUGACCCGCCCGUUCAACAGAAACCGUGUCCCCCUCUAUUCAAGAAAGAAUGUAAUAAAUGCCUUCAGAAACCACGUGAAGCCCCAGGUGAGGACGGGUGAGGUGACCUCAGCGACUAUAACUCCCGUCCCCUUGGAGAGUUUGACUGGACUGCGCAGUCCGCAGCCCCCACCUCCUGUCGCCACCACCCCAGUCCAAACAGCCUCCGACCUGAGCUCAGCAUUUUCACAUCUCUCCUCCUCUACGGAUCCCAGUGACGACAGCGGCAUGGCUGGACGUGGAAGACGGAGCACAACCUACAGAGGAACACGGAGGAGGCGAGAAGACGACCGGAUUGCUAGGCCUGUUCCGCUGGCAGAGGUCAAGGUUUCUCCGCCCAAGUUUGACUUGGCUGCUACCAAUUUCCCACCUCUUCCUGGCUGCGUGGUCAGUACACAGGGAGAGCCAGUGCUGGAAAACCGAAUGUCAGAUGUUGUACGCGGUUUGUACAGGGACAAGACUGAACAAGCCAAUAAAGAAGCCACUGUGAGUCCAGCUUCAGGACAACCACCAGUCGCAGAGGAGGCUGUGGCUGUAUCGAGCCCAGCCCUGACAGCAGCGAAACCUGCUACACUACCAGUUGGACCUUCAGCUCCUGGUGUCACUCGUCAGGAGAGGAGAGUUGAACGGGCAGAGCCUCCAGCUCCAAAAGCGGCUCCGCGCACACCUGUUCAGACUACCGUGAACCCGCCGCCCACCACCACACAACCUGUGCCUAGCUCCAGGCCUCAGCCCUCUGCUGCUGCUGCUGCUGCUGCUGCCGCCGCUGUCGCCUCCACGCCAGCGACUCCCAGCCUGCCGGCCCCUGCUACAGCCACUACUCCCACCCCCGCACAGGAGCCACGUAAGCUCAGCUAUGCCGAGGUGUGCCAACGGCCACCCAAGGACCCUCCGCCUGCGGCCCCGGCCCCGGCUUCCACGGGCACCGCGUCAGGCCAGCCGUUACGUGAGUUGCGUGUGAACAAGGCCGAGGAGCCGGGCUCCAGCGCUGGUUCUGGAGACAAGCAAGAGAGAGGCCACGACAGGGAGGGGGGAUGGGAGUGCAAGGAGAGCCGACCGACACGUGAGCGUGACUCUCAAGGCUACUACCGCAGCAACGGCCCCAGAGGCGCCGGGGGCCUCAAGUUCCGGGACCAGAGGCGCCCGCCACCGGCCCGACGCAGCUCCCCGCAGGGAGGCUACAGGCACACUGGCAAAGAGCAGAACAUCCCACCAGUGUCGCCAAAGUAAAAACUUGAUAUGAAUGGAAAAAAAAAAAAUAUAUAUAUAUAUAUAAUUAUAUAAAAAUUAAUAACAUAAAAGCAACAACAUUAUGGUAGCCGCCUUCCUCCUCCUCCCCCCCCCCCCCCCUCCCCGGGACUUGUCCAAAGAAAACCUUUUAAAAAUGACAAUGAGACCGGGACGUCCUGGACCAAUGGGCAAAUUGACACAUGAAGAACUUUGAUGAGUGAUUUGAAAAGGAAACAAAAAUCUUGCUUUGGCCUCCAGCAUUAUGCUUAAAAAUAAUUUAAGUGCGGUUUAUCUGGAGGCAGUCUCAUUUUGGCUCUGCUAGGGAGAGGUAGGAUGCUGGGCCGUGUAAUCGGCCCGCUACCUUUUUUCUUUUUUUCAUUUCAAAGAAUAGAUGUCUGCAAGAACAAUAUGCACUAAGAAGAAAAUAACAUGCAUAUAUGUCAUGUACAUAUACAAAGAUAUCACUAACACGCAAUGAGACAUCCGUUUGUUUUUUUCUUGUGUGCUUAGGUUUGCAAGUAUGACUGAAGGGUUGACUGAUGUCUGUGUAUGCAUUGAUUGUUUAGCAACUUGAUUGAAGUGCUACAGUGUGCUGUUGCAUUGAUGUAAUGAAAUGGAUAAUUUUUACAGCAGAGACUCUGAACCAUUGUCCUGAAACCGGACGGUGUGGUCCUCUGAUGUAUAUUAAUGAAAUGUGUUCUCUGGUGGUAUUUUGAUCCUGGUUCUUAAUUGGCUUAAAAUUCAUCAAUCGAAUAUCACUGUUGAUGUACGCCGCAGUCAGACGCGUGGUUUAGUUUGAACCUGAAAUCCACUUCGGGUCGCCCACUGGCCCCGUUGGCCACGGUCAACCUGCUAGCCUGGUCCAAAGUUUUUCACGUUAAGUUUUAUCUCCAUUUAUCUGAACUGUGUCGGGUCUAACCACUCUGAUGGCUUCAGAACACUGUCAUGUUUAUCAGUCAGGUUCUCUGUUUACAUGUUUGAUUUGGUUGUAGAGUGAUGUUUUCCAAGAGGGAGAGAAAAAAGAAAAAGGGUUAAUAAUAACAUUAGACUGUUCAGUGCACCUGGUAGCUUAGGUGAGGUUUGGCUUUUCUACAUCACAGGAUAUCCAGGUUAAGCUUAUAUCUGUGAAUCGUUCUUAACAAUGGCUUAGUGUCAAACAUAGACUGAGUGCGGUUAGCUGAGGAUGAUAGCGACGUGAUAUUUGGCAGCCAAGUCGUUGGUAUAAAGAAAAUUGGAACAUUUUCCCGUGCUAUGUGCCAGCUGUCUACGAACAUAGUGUGCUAGAAUAAAGUUUUGAUUUUUAUUCACAAGGUCUGCUAAAUGAUGUAGUCUUGGGGAAACUUUUGGCCCAGUGAAACUGGAUUUUGAAGAAGCUGUAGAGGUGUAGUUGCCUAUGCUAUGUUGUGAUAACCCUUCACUAGGAAAUGUGUGUGGGAGAAUGUAAUUGUUCUAGUGCUCAAUUGACGGAGGGAGGCUUUUGACAGCAGGUAUCCACCAGAUUGUUUUGUGCUUUUAGGUUGAGUUUUCUGCUUUGUUUUUUUCUUUCCUUUUUUUAAUUUUUGAAAAAACAGAUUGACUUAGAAUUUGAAGUUUGACUCACUAUGUAUUGCUUUUUAAUUUUUAUUUAUUUAAAUUCUGAUGCACAACGCUUUUCUCCCAAUCUUGGUAGGCUGGUUUCCCCAAAGUUGUGUGAAAUCGCAUUGGCAAAAUAAAAUCAUGCACAUGACAUUUAUAAACCGUCUGUCAGCUGAGCGAGAAUACUUGAUGCAUUGACUUUGGGUUUAGUGAUGCAGGAAGACGAGUAACCAAUCACUGGGGCUGUUUCUUUUUCAUUAAUGAGUACGAGCAGCUAGUGAUUUAGUAUAAUUAAAUAAAUGCACUAACUUGUUUUUAAAGAGAAUCUUACUCAUGAUUAAAGUGAAAUAAUUUUAGAAUAUGGUUGAUGUUAACAGGCUUGCAAAUACCUUCAGAACCCCCCCUCCCCUUCCCUCCAUAUGUUUGGGUUAUUUUCUAUUAAUUCGAGUUGGGGUGGCAAAAGAAAAUAUAGUAAUGGAUCAACCAAGUGUUUGAGACACAAUCCUAGAACUGUAUGAAUAGUCACCAAAAAUAAAUUAUUUUGAUUUGGC